CUUUAUAAAGAUACCAUGCUCAUGCCUUUGGAGGACUUCAUGGCAGCUCAUGACCCACAGUACUUAUUUGAGCUUGAUGGAAACAAGGACCCAGAAGAGAUUUUGGGGUGUCUUAUAGCUCACCUAGACUUUAUGGCUGUGAGGAGAGCAGCUGUACCUGUGCGCUUGAUAAACACAGAUGAGUUGGAACUGCUGAAGGAGAUGGACGAUGAAGAGCUGUUGAACACACUGUCCACCAGCAAGAUCAUAGCACCAGGCUUCCAUUGGCAAAUAAGUCGCUGGGGCUGCACUUGUCCUGUUGCCCUCAAAGAAGGCAAAAUUAUCAAAGGCAGCCCUGAUUUUUCUGUCAGCUUCCUGAAUAAACUCUAUGUCCUGUCCUCUCAAGAAGCUUUGCAAAAGUUCAUGGUGACGCCAAGAUGGUACCUGCUACCACCCAUGCCAUGUCCACCCUGCAAAGUGUCUGUGAUUGGACCACCACAGUCAGGAAAGAGCACUCUGAGUGCACUCUUGGCUGAGCAUUAUGGUGCAGUUUUAAUCGACAUGAAGAAAAUGAUGGAGGUGGACAUGGAUAAAAUCAGGCAAGGAAGGCUGGAGAAAGCACGUCAGGAUGCAACAAUUUCAGCUCUGCAAAAGGUCAAGGUCCGGAUGCACAAGGAUGAUGUACAGAAGUCUGAAAUGGAGGUGACAGAAGAUCAUCCAGAAGUUCAAGCUCUAGUGGAAGAAGCCAUGAAAGAAGCAGAAAAGAUGUUAAUGGAACAUCCAGAUGAUAUGUGUGUAGAUGUCCUGGAAAAAUGGAUCAGAGAGAUUCAGGCAGAAGAUGCAGAUGCUGAGUUUAAAAGGGGCUGGGUGCUGGACAACUACCCCACCACCCAAGCUAAGCUGGCAGCCAUUCAGGAACUGCAUCCUGACCUCAUGCCUGAUGUGGUAUUCUGUCUCAGAGACAGUGAGGGGGAAGGAAGGACAGUACUUACAAGGAUUUAUGAACAGAAAAAAGAGGAGGUGGAUGCAGUUGCACUAGCUCAGUUACAGGAGGAGCAGAGGCAGAAAGCAGCAGAAAGCCAAAACAUUCCGCAGCAGGUGUUGGACUCAGAAGAGGACACCCAGACAGGUAAUGUUCCUUCCUCACUGAAGGUGGUGCCUGAGGAGCCUGAUGUUACUGAGGUGACGCUGUCUAGUAGAUGGGAACAGGGCUAUCCUCCUGGCCCAGCAAUGGAAAUGUACAAGCAGCAGCUAAAGACAUUUAUGGAGGAGUGGAAUAGCCUGGAGUCCUCCAUUACUUGCAGUUAUGUUAUACUGGAGAUCGCCAACCAAACCCCUCAGAUUCUGCUCCAGGAGAUGGUUGACAAAAUGGAGCGACCAUUCAAGUACAAGGCCCAAGAGUUGUCCAGCAGGGAUCUGGAUACAUAUGAGGAGGAGGAUGCGCAGGAGGAUGAAGAUGAAGCAGAAGAAAGCAGCAGUAAAAGGUGGCUUGGGGAUACUAAUAAAUACUGCCCAGUUGUAUUGAGGGAAGAGGGCACUUUGGUGCCCUGCACAAAUGACAUUGCUGCAAAAUAUAGGGAGAAGGUCUACUACUUUUCUAGCAGCAAAGCAUUGGAGAAGUUCAUACAGACACCAGAGCUAUAUUCCCCAACUACUCAACUACUUAAACCUCCUGCCCUGCGUAUUUUCCUGAUGGGAGUGCGUGGCUCAGGAAAAACCACCCAUGGCCACUGGCUGGCACAGCAGCUGGGUCUCUUUCACUUCCAGUUCCGUGAACGGCUGCAAGAGAUGAUUCUGUCUAAGACUCAGACCCGUGUGCCCUACGCUGAUGAGGUAGAGCCAGCUGAAGAGCCACCCAUUGAGCUGCAGAAUCUGCUGCAAACAAGUACCCAAUCCACAGCUUCUAUCGAGCCCAGUGACGAGUUAAGCCAAAAGGAAAGCCUUAUCAGUAAUAAAGACCACACAGAGGAGACUCCAGCACUGACAGAUGAAGAGGAAUUCAUAAAGUCGUAUCUAUUUGACGAACAGCCAUUGCCACACACAGUCUUAGAGAAAGUUCUGUUGCAGUUAUGGCAUCAAGAACCAUACAAAUCAACAGGCUUUAUUCUCGAAGGUUUUCCUCAGGCUCCAGAGGAGGUGUCCUUUUUAGUGGAACGCUACUUAUACCCAGAUAUCACCAUAGUUAUGUCUGUAGAGGUGUCAGAAGUGGUGAAGCGUCGACUGCCCCCACUGUUUAAUAGAUGGAGGGAGAAAUGCACACGAAGGAGAGAACAGAUGCAGCUACUUAAAGACCUACGCAGCAAAAUUAGGGAGGAGGCCAUUGCCCAAAGAAGAGAUGAACUUUUGUCUGAAUAUGCACCCAGAACACCCAGAGAAAAGGAUGAUGAGGAAGAGGAGGUACAAGAAAAUGAAGGAGAUGAUGAGCAGCUGAACUGGGAGCAAGAGAUAGAAGAAAGGCUGCUGGAGGAGUUUCCCGAGGAGGAGCAAGAGGACAUAGAGGAAGAAGAGUCUGAGGCCAGUGCAGAGGAUCGUAUAGGAAUAGAGAUCAGUGAGAGAUUUGACAGGGAUGACGACAAACUCACCAUGAUAAUGGAGCUUCUGUCUGAACACUGGAUUCCUCACCUGACAAUCAAUGCUAACCGGAAGCCUCACAUUGUGCGCAGCCAGCUACUAAAGCAAGUCAAGCCCCUGGUGGAGAACAGGGAAGCUCUAUUUCAAAGAUGUCAUCCCAUCAACUGUGCCAUUGCUCGAAAAUUACUGCACUCCUCUUACAAGUACUACAGUGCCUUUGGGUGUUGGGAUCCUAUCCGGUAUGCAGAGGGAGAUCUGAUCCAGCAUAUGCAGGACCCUCUUAAUACUAGCUUUCCUGUCCUCUUCCACAAUUACAUAUACUACUUUGCCUCCAAGGAGACAUGCAAAACCUUCAUGAUCAACCCUAUUAAAUACCUCCGUCAGCCCAAGGCCAGCCCUUCGCUACCUAUCAAACUUGCCGUCAUUGGUAGUCCAAAAUCUGGAAAAACCACAGUUGCCCGCAUGUUUGCCCGUGAGUAUGGACUGGCACACCUAUCCAUUGGUGGUGUGAUGCGAACAGUGCUCAGUAUCCAAGACAAGACAGAACUUGCCACUGAAAUGCUGAAGUACUUGAACCAGGGCUUGACCGUGCCUGAUGAACUGGCCAUUCAGUGCCUAGAAGUGGUUCUGUUGAACUUAGUCUGCAGCACACAAGGGUAUGUGCUGGAUGGAUUUCCCAUGACCAAAAGACAGGCUGACCUGAUGGCAGCUCGCCGCAUUAUUCCCAUUCAAGUGAUCGAGCUGCAACUAAACAAAGAUGAAAUGCUGAGGAGAGGCAUGAAAGAUAAGAUGAAACCAAACAGGCCAUACCCGAUGCAUGACAGCACUCAGUUUCUGGACGUCCGGAUUUCAUGCUUUAAGCGUGAGGUGGAGGCACUCAGGAAACAUUUCCAUCAGCAGUACCAAAACUGGGUUCCAGUUGAUGCACACAAAAGCAGUUGGUGGGUAUGGCAUCGGGUUCUGGAUGAAGCCCAGAUUAGUUUGCGACAUAUCCACAACUACCUGAAGAGAAUUCGUAAAGGCCAGGCUGCCAGCAUAGAGCGUCUGUGUAUUACUCCAAGUGAGCUUCAGUCUCGACUGGGAGAGUUUGGCCAUUAUUGUCCUGUGAGUUUGGCUCUGCAUAAACACUUGGUCGACUGCUCCCUUGAUACUUCCCUGGAGUUGGCUGCAGAGUUCAAGAAAUACUACUACAAAAUGGCAUCCAGGGAGUAUCUUGAGAAGUUUCUUGAGGCACCAGAGCAAUUCGUAGCUCCAAUCUGCCCUCAUAAGUUGCCCCUUCCUCAGCUUCUUCCCCGUAAGCUGAAUGCAGGAGAGGUGAAGAGUCGCUUCCCUCAGCAGGUGGAGCUACAAGGCUACUGUCCAGUCACAUACCUAGAAGGCCAGCACAGGUAUGAGGCUGUGGUCCGUGGCACAGUGAACUUUGCAGUGGAAUACCAGGAGAAGAUCUACAUUUUUGAGACAGAGGAGAAACAACACAAGUUUUUACGAUCACCUGAGACUUACUUGAACCAGAAGCUCCCUCUCAAACUUCCACCAAUGGGAGACCCAAUGCAACUGACCUCUUUGCCAAUACUGGGUUAUUUGGAACAGGGAGUAGCCACAGCCAUCAUUAAAGGCAUGACUGAGUUGGGCAACCUCAAGCCCAAGUUCCCAUAUCUCAGCAUGAAGAGAUCUGCUAUACACUACUUGGUUUUACAUCUUAAAGCAUAUAACAGAACAUCGGCCUACACUCAGAAGAAGUACAAGGAGAAGCUGGUUCAUUAUGAGAAUGAUUGUAAACUCAUCUCCUACCUGAGUUCCAAUUUGACCCAGCAGUACAAGCCCCCUCAUGAACUUCCCAUAGAUUUUAACUAUAAGCUUCACAGGUUUCUUGCUUUGAAGGACUCCACUAAAAAAGUAUCAGGACUGAUGCAAUAUGGAGGGAAUUAAUGACUUCUGAAUGACCCCUGUAUUGCACUCAAAACAACACAACAGCACAUUAUUUGAUGUUUUACCUCAUGAAUUUUAUUAUUAUUUUUUUUUUAAUAAACAUUUCUUGCAACACAUUUUU